UUAACAUUCGCGGGUUUGACAUUUGCGGUUUUCACUAUUCGCGUAUGAAAAAAUGAGGUAAGAUUUAACAUUCACGGAAGGUCGGACUUGUGCAUUCGCGGAAAAAUAACACUUGAGUAAACAAAAAAAUUCUGACAGACAACAAUAUUCUUUGAAGAUGCCGAAUCGUUCAUUUCAAAAGCAGAAACAACAGCUCCAGGAUUUAAGGCGGCCAAAGAUCGUAUCAGCUUAUUACUUUGUGCAAUGCAUCUGGUGAUUGCAAGCUAAAGGCGACAUUGAUCUACAGAUCCCAAAACCCAAGAGCCCUUAAGGGAAAAAGUAAAGAUGAGCUCCCAGUUUUUUGGAGAUCAAACACCAAAGCAUGGGUGACUCUAGUUCCUUAUUCCAAAUAUGGUUUCAUUUCUCUUUUAUCAACGAAAUAAAAAAAUAUCUAGCUUCCCAAAAUCUGGAAUUUAAGGCUCUGCUUCUAAUUGACAACGCUCCUGGUCAUCCUUCAAGUUUAAUAGGAAGUCAUCCAAAUGUGGAAGUUAUUUUUUUGCCCCCAAAUACGACUUCGUUGAUACAACCUCUGGACCAAGGGGUUAUAGCAGCUUUCAAGGCAUAUUAUACCAAACACAGUUUUAAGCGAAUUUUAAAUUCCAUUGAGUGUAAUGCCGAAGAAACUGUGUCUAACUCAUGGCAGAAAUUUAACAUUGCGAAUUGCAUUGAAGACAUAGAUGCUUCUUGGCAGGAAAUGAAGCCAAGUACAAUCAACGCUUGCUGAAGAAAGCUAUGACCUCAAGUGGUUAAAAAAGAUAACGCUUUUCCACCACUUCAAGAUGAGAAAGAAAUCGUCCGCAUAGCGCACCAGAUUGUAGAAGGAUUUGAUGAUAUGAGAGCAGACGAAAUUGAUGAAUUGCUUAAUUCUCAUGAAAAAGAGUUAUCGGAUGAAGACCUGAUGCUGCAAAAAGAAGAGGACUCUAAGGAAUGUGAAGAAGUUGAACGUGAAGAUGAGAGUCGGGGUGGUGAAAAGAGCCCAAGUUUUUCUGCAAAACAGAUCAGAGAAAUUCUAACGAUAAGGGACCAACUUGUUCAAAAGACAAUGGAUUUGGACCCAUCAUUGAACCGAAGUUUACAAUUUAAAAGGGAUGUCGAGGCCGCUUCCAUUCCUUAUGUGGAAAUGCUGAAAGAACUGAAUUUUUGUGCGAAACAGCGAACUAUUAGCAGCUAUUUUCUUCCAUCCACGUCUAAAAAUACAAGUUAAACAUUUAAUUUUUAAUGUACAUAGAUAAGGAAAUGUUUUUGUACAAAUGUAUUUCAAAUAAAUUCUUUUGAUUUAAAACAUCACAAUUUUUUCAGUCAUGGAACAUAACCCUCCUUAAAACAUAGGAAAAUAGACUCAACAUUCGCGGAUUUAACAUUCACGAUAAUUUUCAGGAACCAAACCCCCGCGAAUGUUAAGGGAUUACUGUACGCCGAAUAUACUUGGAGAUGGGAGGAGCGGAACGAUUGGGAUCAACUGAUAAAGUUCGAAUGUGUUCCAUGUGCAGCGAUACACAACUUGAACCCGAAGGAGUAUUGGAGAGUUUCCACUGUGAAGGUAACAAUGAGAAUGCAAUCAACAUCUCCAAUUUUUCAAAGAAUGAUAGCUCUAGCGGAAAUUGUCAGAAAAAAAGCAGACGAACAACCAGACGUCCAAAGGAGGAAAUCUUCCGAGGUUAUAUCGAAAAUAAUACACAAUUAUGCCAUCUCAGCACCAGAAAGAAUAACAACGUGCAAUUUAUGGUAUAAAAAUCCUAUAACUCGUUUUAUAUCAAAAAGAGAAAAACAUAAAUGUUUGUAUUAAUAAUGUACAAUUUAUUUUAAACGGGUGGAGGUUUGAAGGUUUUAUGUCAUUUUAUCAUAAAAAUAAACACAUAUCUAAUUUAAUAUUUGAAGCGGAACAGGGGUUCUUAGA